ACAUGAUACGUGCCGCCAUUUCCGAGUUUUGGUGUGCUGUUCCAUGUGGAUUGUAAAAGGUAUAAAACUGGUAAAACGUGGCCAGUUUGGUUUAACGUCCCGCGUACGGUCGACAACGAAAUGUAUUACGUACUCGUGCACUUCGUAGAGGAAAACAGCUUUGAUGUGAAAAGUGCGAAGUUAGUCAAAGAAGUCAAAGAAGAUUCAAGCUGCGUCCUAACAGAAGGCGACACCGUGCAUGUUGAAUACAGUGGGAAAUAUUAUCCAGGAACUUUGGUCUCCAUAUCAGCAAAUAAAGAUUUCCUCCUGGACGAGUUAGAAGAAAAAAUUCGCGGCAGCAAUGGGAAAGCUGGAAGGGAAAAGACGAAAGGAAAGAAGCAGGCCAGUGCCAGCCAAGCCAGACAGCUGUUGCAAGACAUUGGGAAUGCGAAUCCCAGCCAGUCCAGUCCACUGGAAGAGAGGAAUGCACAGCUCAAGAAGGAAGUGUCCAAACUGAAGCGGAGGGUAGAAGCCCUACAAGACGAGCUAGAAAAGCAUAGAGAACUAGACAAUCACCUAAGGAAAGCGAGAAAGCUCAUCAACACCUUGGUGAGCUCCGAACGACAAACUGGGAGUGCGAACAGUGCGAACGUCAACACAAGUGAAGGCCUGGGAGAGCCUCGGCCGUGGAACACAGCAGCAAGCAGCCUGGCAGACAUUUCCCGGUCUCAGGGGCUGCACUGUGACACUGAGAACAUUCCUCCUCCCAGUACGUGCAGAAGUGGACCGCCUGCUGUAGAGAGUGGAUCUGGGAGCAACAAGGGUCUCUUGUACAACAGGGACAGUGAGGGGGUUGAAGAACUUCUCAAAGGGAGUGGUGUUUACGUCCCCAUUGGUACAGUGCACGGUGCAUCACUGGCGCGCACUUCAACAUCACUAGCGCGAAGCCUGCUUCGUCAGGUAUAUGAGGAACAGUACAUGUUGGCGUGUUCUGUAAAAGGACUGCCAGCAAAAGGAGUGGGGAAAAGGGACGAGACUCGGCCAGGACUCAACCCCAAGGGCCUCUCGGCCAUUCUUGAAUUUACAAAGCAGACUGCACAAGCCAGGGGCCUGGAAUAUUGUGAGCAAAAACUCAUAAAAUCCCUUGGAACACUCAUUUCUGAAAUGCGCAAUAAAUAGAUGGCAUCCCCAUUUCACAUGA